AUGAGUGAACGUCAUUCGAGCACAAACUGGACCGGUCGUCAGACCACCAGUGUAUAUCCCGAGUCGACCCGCUCGCAAGAGUGGUCACCUCGUGGAGCCAGCGAGCAAACAGAGGGAAAACAUGCAGAAUUAGCAGAUUCUCGGCAUUCAGGGGCAAGAGAUCCAACCCCCUCUUCGUCCCCUGAUGUCGAAUAUACCCAUCCGCCUACCCCGGAUCUCUUCGAGUCUGACUCGGAGAGUCCGGUAUUCUCGCAUCUUGAGGACAUGGGGGCUAUGAGCAACGAUGACCAUGCAUCUAAUGGCUCGUCGAGGAACGGAAGAGUCGGCUUCAUAAGAGGAGUCGCUUCCGGUGGACGUGCACACACUGGCCAAGCUGCGGAUGAUCGCCCACCACCGCGAAAACUCUCCAUGGAAUCCCUGCGCAGCCGAACUGAUCGGCAGAGGCGGAUUCGGGCAUACAAAGCCCAAAGAGUCAAAGACUCGCUAUGGAGAGAGCGCGAAGUGGGUGUGUGUAUCUCCGAGGCUAAAGCUCGAGUUGGCGGCCAGGCAGGCAGUUCGGCAAUUCUGGGCCUUUUGCACCUGCUUGGGGCCUUCUUGACUCCGGAGUGUAUCGUACUUGUUACGGAACUGUGUGUGACGGACAUGGCGGCAAUACGCUGCCUCGACGAGGACGACCUGCGGUUCUACUUUGGGGAACUUAUCUGCGGCGUGCGUUAUCUGCACGACGAAUUGGGAUAUGUUCACCGCGAUCUUAAACCGAGCAACAUCCUGCUGACCCGGGAUGGACAUGCCCAGAUCGCGGACUUUGGUCUCGUAGAGAGCAUUUCAAAUGUCAACUACGAGCCAAAGCCAUUGAGACCCGGUCGGGAUCACUUUCGCGGAGUAGGCACUCUUGGGUAUAUCCCACCAGAGGCCCAUCUGCUGGGUGUCCAGGGCCCCGAGGGUGAUGUGUGGGCCCUUGGGGUUAUCUUGUUCAGGCUUGCGACCGGAAUACACCCAUUUCGCCAAAAGGGCGAUGAUGAAGACACGGUCGUUGGCAAUGUGGCUCAUAGACCACUUACCAUGUCUUCUACAGAGAAUCUCUCUAUAAACCUCUAUACGCUGAUCAGAGGCCUCCUGCUACGAGACAGUGAGGCCCGAUGGACCCUCCGUAAUGCCAUGAACACGGAGUGGUUCUUUGAAAUUUCCGACUUUUGGGAGAGACUGCGGGAUGGAAGGCUACAGCCUCCGCCUUUGCCCCGUGCAUUAUGUCUCGUCCUCAAGCUAUCGAUGGCCAAGCGUAUAGAUCCUCUGGAUAUGCCUGCCAAGCAGGAGGACAGUGUCCCAAGUAACGUCGGAGCCUCUCACGAUCCUGUCACUCGACGAAUCGUAAUGUCUGCUCCCGGUCUCGACGCAACCACGUCUUCACAACCGACCGAUUCGGCCGUCUGGCCAGAACCACGCGGUGAAAGUGAUAUAAAGAGUCAAGAGAAUAGGGCAAAAUAUGAACAGAGUAUUUUCGGAUUCAGCUCAAGCGGCGAUCGGCGAACCCUCAGUCACGCACACACCAGUGCACUAGCAAUGUCCAGACGUCAAGAGAGCGAGGGUGGAGGAAGUCAAGACGAUGGAGGAUCAUUCCACUCAUACAAUUCCACAAGAGAUGUGCGACUGUUCGUCAAGGAGAUGCACGGUCGAGUAUGGAAUAGCAUAAACGAGACAUACAUGCUGCCCUCUGACGAUACCGAGUGGCACCGUUUGAAUAAGCAGCAUCUGGCACACAUCAUUGGCCUUGGUGGAUUGUAUCCAUGUCCAGAACAAGUCGAAGCACAUCUUGCACCCGCCGAAGGCGAGCCAAAGCGUAUACUCGACGUAGGAUGUGGCACUGGGAGCUGGGCAAUUGAAAUGGCCGAACGCUUCCCUCAUACUCUUGUCACAGGUGUCGACCUUGCGCCAACGCCAGUUGACAGUGCCGGCUUCCCAUCCAAUCUUCAGAUCGAGAUCGACGACAUUAACUUCGGUCUCGCACACUUUCAUGGUCAAUUCGAUCUCGUCCACAUGCGCUGUGUUAUGGGUGGCAUCAAUGACAUUGACAAAGCUCUGCUCGACCUGCAGCUGUGUCUCAAACCGGGUGGAAUCAUGAUUGUCAUCGACGGGUGGCUCGCAUUUAUGAGCGACGUGAAUACGAUCGCACGGCUACGGAGACUUGAAGGAGACGAGGCUGAUGCGACUGCUACAAGUGAAGAUGGUUCUUGGUUGAAUCGAAUAUAUUGGGAAGCGAGUCAAGGCAAUAAGCUUUCAGGAGCGAGCCUGGAUCGCGCCCAGAAUGUUCUAUCUACGGGAUUAUGGGACCAACCGCACUGUGAUCCGGCCUCAAUCGUCAGCGGGAGCUACUUCAUUCCCAUUGGCCCAUGGGCUCGAGGAAAUAACAUCUCACAGACACAGCAACUACAAUAUGGCGGACUACUCAUGCGCCAAUCCCUUAUGAGCAUCCACCGUGCAUUUCAUUCCAUUCUUCUUCGAUAUGGCUUGACACAAGAUGUACUCAAUACAUGGUCCCAAGAAACUGAAAACGAACUGAACACAUCGCGCUGUAAAUCGUGGGUGCGGUUUCAUUUCAACUUUGCUCGACGACGCCACGACGACUCGACUUCUGGCUCUGAUCCUCUACUAAAAAUGGAGGCACGACCGCGUAACCAGAACAGUUAUCCAGCGUUCGAGAUGUUCUACAAUAAGGCCGACGCAGUAGCUGCUGAGCAAAGAAGGAUGGCAACGUGGGGCAAACUACCAACCGCUCACGUCGAGAGGGCAUGGUUGCAGAGUCAAGCCUUAUAA